AGUUUCCUCGACAGGAGGCGGCCAAAUGGGUGGUCAACCCGUGGAGCAGGAAUUGGCCACAAAAAUGCUUCAAAUCCAACACAAGAGGUUUUAUUUGGACGUCAAACAGAACAGAAGGGGUCGUUUCAUUAAAGUGGCUGAGGUCGGCGCCGCCGGAAGAAAGAGUCGAUUAUUAUUAGCGAUGUCUACGGCCGCAGAAUUUAGAGACCAUUUAACCGCAUUCAGCGAACUCUACGCCUCUUUGGGUCCGCCCAAUCCGGACAACCUUCCAGAAGAUGGGAAACUCAAAUCCGAAGUUAUGGUCAAAGAUAACCGAAGAUAUUAUCUCGACCUCAAAGAGAACAAUAGGGGAAGAUUUCUUCGCGUCUCGCAAACCAUCUCAAGAGGAGGUCCGCGCGCGCAGAUCGCGAUUCCGGCGCAGGGGAUGAUUGAGUUCAGGGAUGCGUUGACGGACUUAUUAGAAGAAUUUGGAACCGAUGAUGGAGGUCGGGACGAAACUACCGGUUCAAGCUUUAAAGGAGAGUUACCCGAAGGCAGACACAUGCGAGUGGAGAACAAGAAGUUCUUUUUCGACAUCGGACAGAACAACUUAGGCAUAUAUAUGCGUAUCUCUGAGGUUAAGAGUAACUUUCGGUCGUCGAUAACCAUUCCAGAGAAGUCUUGGUCUAAGUUUAGAGAUGUGUUCUCCGAUUACGUCGACAAAAUGUCUGAAGUGAUUGACAAGCCUUCGGGUGCGACGAAUAGUGGUUCUCAAAGUGGUGGCGACACUACCGGUGCCGCGCAGUCCAACACUGGAGCCGGUGGUGGCGGCGGAGGUGUGGCUAAUAUUACAUCCAAAUGAAGUAGAGUUUAUGAAUAGCUUUUGUGCAAAUUAUUUCUGUUACUACUAUUGAAAAACGAUUGACAAAAGACUUCAUUACAAAAACUAUUAGUAAUUAUAAGAAACACCACAUCUGAAGACCAGUUAAAGUGUUUGUACAGCGACUCGAAAAACAUAACAACAAAUUAAACACAUAUUAAAUCACAUAUUAUUUUGUUCGCUAACUUAUGAGAGAAAAAAUACUAUAAAUAGACUAUAGAUAUUAAAUUGAAUGUAAUCCCGGUUU